AUGGGACUCGGGCUCCUGUCGCGCUCGCUCCUGCCCUGCUGCCGCGGGGUGGCCGCCGCUCUCGGCGCUGCCGCGGCCCGCUGCCACCCGUUACCCGCUCGGUCGCUGGGUGGGGCGGCCCCCGCCCGCCUGUGGGCUCCCCUGCGGCCGCCGGGCGUGGGAGAGCCCCCGCGGGCGGGCGGCGGGCCGCGGAAGGGGGUGGCGGGCGCUGGCGGGGGGGGGGAGGGGGAGGGGGAGGAGGAGGAGGAAGCGGAAGUGGAAGUGGAGCUGGAGGAGCUGCUCGGCCCCUCUCCGCUCUCCACGAGCCCCGGCGCGCAGCGUGUGGCCGUGGUGCACCCAGCUGUCAAGUGGGGCCCGAAGAAGCCGCAGCUCAGCACGGCUGAAUUACAGAUUGCUGAAGCUGUUGCUCUUGUAGAUACCCUUCAGAGCUGGACAAUUUUAGAUAAAAUAAUUAUUCCUACAAAAAACCCUGAUAAGAAGUUCAUUUUUGGCAAAGGAAAUUUUCAGGUUUUGACAGAAAAGAUUAAAAAAUUGUCCCAUCUGACAGCUGUCUUCUUGAAUGUGGAAAGACUAUCUUCAUUAACAAAGAAAGAACUGGAAGAUGCCUGGGGCGUGAAAGUUUUUGACAGAUACACAGUUGUACUUCAUAUUUUUCGUUGCAAUGCCCGGACUAAGGAAGCAAAACUUCAGAUAGCAUUGGCUGAAAUUCCUCUUCUCAGGUCAAAUCUGAAAAACGAGGUAUCUCAGUUAGAUCAGCAGAGAGGUGGAUCGAGAUACAUCAUGGGCUCAGGUGAGACAUUCAUGGAGACACAGAAUCGUCUCUUGAAAGAAAAAGAACUUAAAAUUAGGAGUGCCCUGGAGAAGCUAAGAAGAAAAAGGUCUAUACUUAGAAAUCAACGCAAAAGACGCGAGUUUCCAAUUAUCUCGGUAAUGGGCUAUACUAAUUGUGGAAAAACCACCUUGAUCAAGUCCUUGACUGGGGAAGCAGGACUUCAACCUAAAGAUCAGCUGUUUGCCACUCUUGAUAUUACAGCUCAUGCUGGCUAUCUGCCCUCACAUAUGCCAGUUAUUUAUGUUGACACUAUUGGGUUUCUGUCUGAUCUUCCCCAUAAUCUGGUUGAGUCCUUUUCAUCUACGUUAGAAGAAGUUGCUUACUCAGAUCUCAUAGUUCAUGUGAGAGAUAUUACUCAUCCAGAAACUAUCCUCCAGAAAGCAAGUGUUCUGUCAGUUCUGAAGAAUCUUAAUCUUCCCAGCCACUUAUUGGAAUCAAUGGUAGAAGUUCAUAACAAAGUGGAUUUGAUAGAAAGGUAUAAGCCCACUGAAGAAAAUGCUCUAGCCAUUUCUGCUUUACAUGGUCAUGGUUUAGAAGAGCUGAAAGAAGAAAUAGAGAAAAGAAUUUUGAAAGCAACUGGGAAGAAGAUUCUGACAGUUAAGAUCAACUUAGAGGGACCUCAGCUAAGUUGGCUAUAUAAACAAGCAACAGUCCAGGAAGUAGAAGUCACACCUGAGGAUGGCACAGCCAGUGUGAAGGUGAUAAUCAGUAAUUCUGCCUAUGGUAAAUACAGAAAACUCUUUCCCAACAGUAAGUUAUUUAUCCCAUGAAACUGCAUCCUUUUCUGGAAAAAGAAACUGAUCUCAUUAAGAGCAUUUGAAAUUAACUUUACAAUAUUUGGGCUAUCAAGUCAUUAACAGUGUAUUUCUUAUCCACUUGAGGUUUUUGAUAUACUGACAUUGUCCCAUUUUUCAGAAUAAAGUAAUAUUUAUUACCUCCAA